AGGGGGAGGGACAUUGCGACGUUAUAGCAUACACUUGGUAUAUCGAACAGGUGUAUACCAUUCUGACUCGACCACUUACCGCGUGAACGCAUCAUCAUCACAUCGGGAAUUCCACCUGAUUUGAUCAUCACUUCAUAUCAAAUCUUAGUUUGCAACGCGCUAGACAAUCAGCGUUGCUUUUCCAUUUUCUCGUGAAGUUGUUCUGUGAUUAUACCGAUUGCCCCAGCAAGUUUUAACUUAAAGAGAGCUUUAUUAUUCGAGGGAGUUGGUGUGACAGUGUCACGUGAAAAUCAGUGAAGUGACUGACAAUUAUCACGUGCUGGAGAUCGACCAGAAAUUGGAUUUGGAGAUUACCAGGUCAUCGUGGACGCCAGGGCGGAAUGCGGUUGUACAGUCUGAUCUUGGUCUAUCUCCUUCUUGGAGGGACAACGAGAGCAGAGGAGGUCGAGGUGAUAGAAGCGAUAACCGGUGAUGACAGUCGAAACGAUAAUUCCGCCCUGAGUCGUCCGGACAGUGACGCCAACCCCUCCGACCAACUGGCACUGGAGUCAAUGGGUGACAAAGAAAACGCCGCGAGUUCCUCCUCCACUCAAUACAACAAAAACAGUGGCCUACGUGGCCACCAGCUGUCACUACCCCCACCGCGGAUAAACCUGGGUCCAUCUCACCAGAGUGUCGCCUACCAUGGUCCACCUCCACCACUUCCUGGCAAAGCAACAGCCCAAACCGAGGCAAUGGACAAGAUCUUCACGACAGGCAGCGGAUCAGGUGGCGAUAUCUGGCCAGCAUCAACACCUGACAUGCCAAAAAUUAUUUCCCUCGAUGUCAAGUGCGAGAAAAACCUCAUGAAAGUGUAUCUCGAGUUUGACAAACCGUUCUACGGUAUUGUCUUCAGCAAAGGUCACUUCAGCAAUCUCAACUGCAUGUACCUCCCGGCAGGACUUGGCAGGACAUCAGUCAACUUUGAAAUUGGAAUUCACGCCUGCGGUACCUCUGGCAACACUGAAAAUGGUCUCUACGGUUAUGGAGCUGAAUCAGGAUCAGGAACCUACUUCGAGAACAUCAUUGUCAUUCAGUAUGAUCCGCAGGUGCAGGAAGUCUGGGAUCAGGCGAGAAAGCUCCGCUGCACGUGGCACGAUUUGUACGAGAAGUCAGUGACAUUCAGACCCUUCCCCGUGGACAUGCUGGACGUGGUCAGAGCUGACUUUGCUGGUGACAACGUCGGCUGUUGGAUGCAGAUACAAGUUGGCAAAGGGCCCUGGGCAUCCGAGGUAUCUGGUCUCGUCAAAAUCGGCCAGACCAUGACGAUGGUACUGGCCAUCAAAGACGACGAGUCCAAAUUCGAUAUGCUGGUCAGGAACUGCAUGGCUCAUGACGGAAAACGUGCGCCGAUUCAGCUCGUCGAUCAGAAGGGCUGCAUCACCAGGCCCAAGCUGAUGUCCAGGUUCACCAAGAUCAAGAACUUUGGAGCUAGUGCAUCCGUCCUGUCGUACGCCCACUUCCAGGCCUUCAAAUUCCCAGAUUCCAUGGAGGUCCACUUCCAGUGCACCAUUCAGAUUUGCAGGUAUCACUGUCCUGAUCAGUGCUCGGAGACAGGGGGUAUUGAGCAGGGGCCAGGUUUCCUGGAGAACCAUCAUCCAGAUGUGGGGUAUGGGCUGCCUCCACCGCUGCCCCUCGACGCUUAUCUCCAGGCGAUUGGUCCUGGAGGACCGCGAGACGAGCGGAGGAGGAAGUCCAGGGAUAUUGGGCAGAAGGGACCUCUCAAGAACAUCGGGGUCAACAGGGUCAUCAGGGUCGUCUCCACUGGAGACUUGACGUUUGCCAUUGAUGAGAGCAAGGAGGAGUCCACGUUGGACACAACACUUGUCUUUCCAGUUAGGGAGACAGCUCCUGGCUCCACCAUGAUCUGCAUGACAACACCUGGUUUUGCCAUCACUCUGAUCAUUCUUCUUGCUGUGCUUCUGAUUUCUUGUGUGCUGUCCGCUUAUCUUUGGAUUCGUUUGAGGCCCUUCGCGAGGAACAAGGCCCUGUCGAAUGCUUCAUUCACGGCGCAGCCGAAGCUCAAUCAGCCAAAAAUGUGCUUUUAUUCUUAGCUUUAAGUCCUCCCAGACGAAUUUUAUUGUUUUGUUACCGAACGCACUGGGGAGAUGUUCUACGCGUUGGAUAUUCUCGUUUGUGAUCCUUAAAUUAAUUCUGAGAGAUCUUCAGAGGAUCUGAUAAUUCUACUUGGAGAUUCCUGGUUCUUCGAUGGAGAUUGUCGUCCGUCGAAGAUCUUCGAAAAUUCUUCAGGGGAAUCAUCGCAAGAUCUUCGGAAGAUCUUUGGAAGACUUUGGAUGGUAUUAUCCAAAUUUAUAAAAAGCUCUCUUUCGAAUAUAUUUUAAUCCCCAAAUUGUCUUCUGAAGAUCUUUCGAGGAGUCUUUUGGGGUCAUCAGCGAGAUCCUCGAGGAUCCUUCUGAUUUAUGACAGCUCUUCGAUAUUUUUUUCACGUCAGCAAUUUUACUUGCGAUGUCAAUGGAAAAUGACACAAACGCGUACAACAUUUUCGUAGUAAUGAUUUAAUGUCUAUGGGAUGAUUAGUUCUACCUCUUUUCGGUGGGAAAGCCCUGUGAAUAUCGUGACGUACGUGUUACACACCACAGGCCAACCAACGUACACUGCCAUGAGCACAAUUUCAUGUAACAACGUGUAAGUGGAUGUACGUUUAUGCAUUAUCAAUGACAUAUUGUACCAUUGAUAUUCUCCUGUUGACUACGUGUAUACAUAUGCACAUAGGGGCAUUGUGAAAAUAACUGUCGUUUGAUGGGGUCAGUGAGCCAAUUGUGUCGAUGGGAUACAGUAAAUAAAUAGUUCCUUCGAUUAACAGUCACAACUGAGGAGUGAAUGAUCUUGGUGAUGGAUGGGAAAUUUUAAGUAGGUUUAGGACGAUGUUCAGCGAUAUGUUGUGACUUUAUGACUUCACGGUUUACUAAAGAAUAAGAAGUAAUCGAGCAACUGAGAUUUCGAUGAAUUGCGUGGGAAAGCCGAUGACCCCUCACGUCUUCAAUGUAUUGAGUGAUUCGAACAAAUUAUGAUCAGCCGUUUGGGCAAAUUUAUUGCGAUUAAGGUGUACAUCCAUUUUUGCGAAUCUCUGAUGCUUUAGGUAUAGAAAGGAUUAUUUAUUAUUUUUCACAGUUAAGUUCUGUGAUUGCUGAAUUUUUAGGGAAUUCAUUGGGAUGAUGGAACAGAGGUUCCAUGAGUUUUUGGCCGGAGGACUUUUUUGUAGCUUUUUUUAUCUGGAGAAGUUUCUUGUUUUGUAGGUUCAAUUAGAUAGAUUGCGAAUUGCAGGGAAUUGUUGUUUGCAGGGUCUGGAGGAGGGGCAGUUUGCUCAUUUGAGAUUGGAAUGUCUACUUGCCUCGGUUCCUUGAAACUGUUCCAAGAUUUUGAUGUAAUUUUACUGCGGAUGUGGUAUUUCUCUGUUAAUUUUUCGAAGUAAUUGGAGGCUUUCACCGCCACAAAAAAUUUCCUGAUUUUGGGGGAGAAGUGACUCAUUUUAUCGUUCCCACAUUAAAUUUUUUUUCAUUAGUGAUCACUCCUAAUUGAUAUCAUUUCAACAAACUAUUAUAACAUCUUACAAAGCUGAACACUUUAUUUAAGAAUUCUAAAUUCCAAAAAAAGCUAAUUUAGGACUGAAGUUUCUCGUUUUAAUUAUUUUUCGACGAAUUUCUCCCUUUUCGAGCUCAUCAAUUUCGCUAAUUUUUUUUUCUCCCUCCGGAUGCUGUUAACCUCCAGAAGAUGUUGAUCGAUAUCGAUUAGCACAGCACCGAACCGUACUGCGACCUUUAAACAAGAUAUUUCUCUGAAAAUUUCGAGGAAGUGGUCGCCUGUGACCCCAGUGGGGAUUCAGCCGCCGAUAAAUCCUCACCGUUGGCUCCCAAAGUGCAUCGAUGAUAAGGCCAGUAUCGUGCCACUUUUUCCCAUGCACUUUUGAAAUUAUCCCGCUCCUCAUUCCAUAAUGAAACCGUGCAGUCGAAAAGAUCGACCGCCUAUAAAGAAUCCGAUCAAUAAACCACGUGUACACGUUUACCAUGUAAUUCCCGCAAUAUUCCUUCAGACGAACGAAAAAAAAUUGUGUACAGGGGCGCGUGCGUGCAUAUUACACAUCACAUUGAUGAGUAAAAAUACAUAUACAUUUAUACAUAACACAAGUACGCCUAAUUUGCGUUAUUAGCAUACAAAUUGCGGGAUGAGCAGAUAAAUCGCUCCAAGGCUGACGGUGAGGGACCGUUAUUCGGACGUAAAAAAAAAAGGAAAAGGUCUGGGAACGGAGGCAACUCAUUUGAAUCACUCUUUAAUGGGCCAAUUUUUACGAUGAAAUAUGUGGGGAAUUCGACAACAAUAAUUGUGAAAUAAUUGACAUUGUUAAUUUUUAAGAUUCGCUCAAUUCUAGAGGUAAUCGUAAUCUGCAGUUAAAUUAAUUAAGCGGAUGUCUCAUGUAUUUGUUGAUUAUGUAGCCACUGGAAUAAACGAAAUUAUUUUGGAUUUUAAAAUGAGGGAAAUGGACUUUCAUUAGAGACGUCUGACUCACACCGGAUGGAUCUACUGAUUUUACGGUGGGGAAAAUCGAUUUAUUUAUGCAUUAAUUCUGGUUAUUUUUUUACACGGUAGUUCAUACCGUGGGAAUAAGUGAGCUUGAGGGAUCAGAUGAACCGGAGAUGGCGGUCAAAAUAAUUUUUUUUGUUAAACAAUUGAUUUCACUGAGAAAUCGAAUAAUUUUGGUUUCAAAAAAGCUGAACGUUAGAAAAAUCAAGUAACAAUCGUAAAUUGUUAGAUCUCUAAAAUAUUUUGAAAGACCACAGCCAGGAUUUUAGCCAUAAAUAAGAUAUAAUUGUUGUUAAUAAUUGAAUAUCUCAAUUUUCGAAUAUUCCAAACAAUUUUAGCGAAAAAUUGAAAAUGGGAAUAACAGCGAAAUGAAUGUAAUAAAAUUACGAACCUCACAGAUUAUUUUGGUGCUUAACUGUUAGAUCUGUACAUCUGUUGAAUAAUUUAUUAUACGAAUGUACUUUUAUAACAAAUUACUGUUAUUUUUAUAUUUAUUUAUUUAUUUUCCACUGUAGAGUACUGAAAAUCAAUAAAAGAGACCACAAUCA